GUAUCGCCCUCUCCGACUUGCCAUCAGCUGAAUCACAGACCACGCUCGCUUCUGCUCUAGAAAUGGCAGCUCUAUCUCGCUUUUCCAGGAAGGCAAUAGCCUCGGCGGUUGCGACUAAUCAACUCCGCCGCGCUUUCUCGACGGAAGUGUCGAAAACGAUUGCGCCCUCACCGGAUCGAGUCAAGUGGGACUAUAGAGGUCAAAGAAAGAUAAUCCCGCUUGGCCAGUGGCUCCCCAAAAUUGCCGUCGACGCCUAUGUUGCGCCUAAUGUUGUCCUCGCCGGACAGGUCAACGUCUGCGACGGGGCCUCCGUUUGGGCGGGUUCCGUUCUCCGCGGCGAUCUCAACAAGAUCACCGUCGGGUUUUGCUCUAAUGUACAGGAACGGUGCGUCCUUCAUGCUGCUUGGUCCUCUCCAACAGGACUGCCAGCAGAGACAUCCAUAGAGAGAUUCGUCACCAUUGGUGCAUAUAGUCUGUUGCGGUCAUGCACCAUUGAGCCGGAGUGCAUUAUUGGACAGCAUUCCAUUCUCAUGGAAGGUUCCCUGGUGGAGACACACUCAAUUCUUGAAGCUGGGUCUGUAGUUCCCCCAGGAAGGAGAAUUCCCAGUGGUGAACUUUGGGCAGGAAACCCAGCAAGGUUUGUCAGGACGUUGACCCACGAGGAGACCUUGGAAAUUCCUAAACUUGCUGUUGCAAUUAAUGACCUGAGCAAGGAACAUUUCUCAGAGUUUCUUCCUUACUCCACAGUAUAUUUGGAGGUCGAGAAAUUCAAGAAGUCGUUGGGUAUAACCAUAUGAUGCAAUAUGCCUUCUCUCAUCUUUGCAUUUUGUUUGUUGAGGAAAAUAAAUAUCUCCGAAUCAUAUACCAGCUUUCAGGUUCCUUAAUUUCAUGCUGAUUUUGCUUGCAUCGACUUAGGAUCAAGUGGGUUUUAUUAGAGUUUAUGAUUGAUGCUUAUGUUAACACUCGGACUCCUUAUGGAUAAUUAAAAUCCACCGAUGAUUUGAAAUCUCCCGUUGUAUGUUUUAUGAGUACUAUUUAUAUGUUUGUUCCCAAUGACCA